AUGGAACUAAAGCAGAACUUGUUCAUUUCAGAUGUGGAGAAUGACGGCGGCAGGUCAGAUGACAUGGAAGAGGUGCCGGAACAAGAUGAAGUUUUCGGACUGGCUCUCCCAGUGAGGCCGGGAAGGCCUAAAGCUGUGACUACCAGGCGCAUACUCUCAACUCAAACAACGUCCGCAUGUUUACACCUCAUCCAUGAGGCCCUGUAUAAGCACCAAUGGGAGAGGGCCACUAGUUUCUUCACCUCCUAUGUGCAGUCCAUGGAGAGCAAAUCUGCUACAGAGUUGAUUAAAGUUCCGGAGGUUAUGUGGCGACUGGGAAAUGAGAUCUUAUUGAACCACCCGAAGAGCAUGCCUGAAGACAUGAAUGUUUUUAAUGAAACCCUUAAGAACAUUGGCGUGAAGUGUUACCUUCCGGAAACCUUUUCUAAGAGAGCCAUGCAGGCUGCCAUUGCUCCUUCUUCUCCUGCUUCUUCUCGUUCUUCUUCUCCUCCUCCUUCUUCAUCUUCCUCCUUCUUCAUCUUCCUCCUUCUUCAUCUUCCUCGUCCUCCUUCCUCGUCCUCCUUCCUCGUCCUCCUUCCUCGUCCUCCUUCCUCGUCCUCCUUCCUCGUCCUCCUUCCUCCUGUGACUACCAGGCGCAUACUCUCAACUCAAACAACGUCCGCAUGUUUACACCUCAUCCAUGAGGCCCUGUAUAAGCACCAAUGGGAGAGGGCCACUAGUUUCUUCACCUCCUAUGUGCAGUCCAUGGAGAGCAAAUCUGCUACAGAGUUGAUUAAAGUUCCGGAGGUUAUGUGGCGACUGGGAAAUGAGAUCUUAUUGAACCACCCGAAGAGCAUGCCUGAAGACAUGAAUGUUUUUAAUGAAACCCUUAAGAACAUUGGCGUGAAGUGUUACCUUCCGAUUAGCCUGGAGCAAGUGUAUUUCCUGCUCUGCAGAGGUCAGACUGAGGAAGCAUACAGGACACUGACAGUCGCUGAGAGCUGGAGGUACGGCAACAUUUCCAUCUUCCAGAAUGAACUCGUGAUGCUGGUACAAGCGCACAAAGCUGUACUGGACUGCCAGUCGUGGAUGGACAAGAGAUCUGCAAUGGCUAAAAGUGAGAUGGAUUACAGUUCUCAAUCAUCCACUACCAAGGAUCUAAGAGGGUUUUGUAGACAAGCCAGCAUGUCCUUCCGAGAAAUCCUCCAGAGACCGGGAGUUUGGGACCCCUUUGUACUCAGCUACGUAAAUCUCCUGGAAAACUCAGGGAAGGAAGAGAAGGCUGAGAAUGUUUUGACAGAAUAUGCCUACAACAACACGAACCCAGCAAACCCCAAUGCCCACGUAUACCUGUAUGAGUUCAAGAAGAGGAGAGGGGAUUCGGAUGAAGAGCUAAUUAAAGUACUGAAAAUUUUGCAUAUCCUGGUCCCUUCACACAAGCUAAUGCUGGACUACAGUAGACUUCUAAGAAACUCAGAGUCGGAUGAACAUCACCAGCUUGCACUGCAAGUUCUGUUUGACCUUCUGGAUUUCUCAGGCUGGAAGGACAAUGUGAAAGCUUGGAAUCAUUUAGCGAAGCAGCUGAGAAGCAGACUGAAAUGUGGUCAGACAUCUUGGAUAUCGGAAGCGUGGACUUCCAGGAGUGACUGGUGGCCGUCCUAUCACUUCACCCAAUUCCAAAUGAAGAAGGAUUGGAGUAAUUGCAUGGAACUCGCGGUGAAGAAGGCCUCUGUGUCCGUCUUGUUACAGGGACAAGAAUGCAGUUACUUUUCAUCCGUGUACCAUUUGGGAAAUGACGAGCAGAGAAAAGUCUUAGAUCGGGUGAUAAAGGUUCUAUAGACGUGACAGGAAAUGGCGACUGCUUCGCAUUUUCCCCGAAUGAAGCCCCUGCAGUUUUAUGUAGGUGAAGCCUCAGUGUGAACCUGUUCUAAGGUUCAUGUGGCCGGUAAAGACUUGUGAAGCAGAAGCAGCACCUGGUACCUGUUUUGGUGUGACGGAUCUU